CCAAAUCCAAGAACCAAUCACACACACAUCCCUGUACAGUCCCGCACACCCUCUCCAACUAAUACUAAUAAAAUUUCCUUACUUUUUCAGUUGUUUGGGUCUCUGCAAAUCUGGUCUGACACUCAUCAGACAUAUUAGCAUGGUGAUCAAGAAUGUUUUAUUCUUUUAAUCGUGAUUACUAAGAGAUCAUUCUUUCUGUAUCUUUUCUUGAUAGUUUUAUAUACGGUCUUGGACUUCCAUUUCGAGAGAGAGAGAGAUAGAGAGAGAGGGAUUCAGUCUCAUGCCUGCCGAGAAUGGAGAUGAAGAAUGAGAAGCUUGUGAGGUUUUGUUCUGAUGGAAAGCAAGAAAAAGGUUUUAUGUUGUGGGGAGGGAAAACGGGCUCGUCCAAGAUGGAGAAGUCAUCAGCAGGACAUAAAUUGGCGUCGACACUAUUAAAUUCUGAGGGAAAAUGCAAAAUUAUUGAUUCCCUUAAGUUUGGUGGUUCAAAGGUGUUUCCUGAGGAUCAUGAACCAUUACACAAGCAUAUACUUGAUCCUGGUAGUGACAUUGUGCUAAACUGGAACAGAGUUUUCAUAGUUUCUUGCUUAUUAGCACUUUUCGUCGACCCCUUGUACUUUUAUUUGCCAAGUAUAGGAGGUAGUAAGGGUUCUUGGUGCAUAAAGACAGAUUUUAAGCUGCGGAUUGUUGUGACGUUUUUCCGAACUAUUGCCGAUCUUUUCUAUCUCUUGCACGUGGUGAUUAAGUUUAGGACGGCAUAUGUGGCUCCAAGUUCACGAGUAUUUGGUAGGGGCGAGCUUGUAAGAGAUCCCAAGAAAAUCGCUCGAAGAUAUAUAAGAUCUGACUUCUUCAUUGAUCUAGUUGCUACAUUGCCUCUGCCUCAGAUCGUCAUCUGGUUCAUCAUACCGGCGACGAGAAACCAUCGGACGAAUCAUAAUAACAAUGCCCUUGCUUUAAUUGUACUAUUCCAAUACGUUCCUCGGUUAUACCUCAUUUUUCCAUUAAGUUCUCAAAUUAUAAAAGCAACUGGAGUUGUCACCAAAACUGCUUGGGCAGGGGCUGCCUACAAUUUGCUUCUCUACAUGCUCGCAAGCCAUGUCUUGGGUGCGGCAUGGUAUGUACUGUCAGUUGACCGUUACUUGUCUUGUUGGAAAUCAAUAUGCAAGAGAGAAGUCAACCCCACAAAAUGUUUGCUAGAAUACUUGAAUUGUGACACUCCUGACAGUAGACAACGGGACAUUUGGAUCAACAGCACAAAUGUUUUCCAAAGUUGUGAUCCUGAUGAGGAUAUUACAUUCAAGUUUGGAAUUUUUGAAAAUGCCGUCACAAAACAAGUUGUCGCUUCAACUUUUGUUCGAAAGUACUUCUAUUGCUUAUGGUGGGGCUUACAGAACUUAAGUUCAUAUGGGCAGAAUUUGUCGACAAGCACAUUUAUUGGAGAAACAUCAUUUUCCAUUCUCAUUGCCAUCCUUGGUCUUGUUUUGUUUGCACAUCUUAUUGGAAAUAUGCAGACAUACUUGCAGUCUCUAACAGUGCGGCUUGAGGAAUGGAGGCUUAAACGACGAGACACUGAGGAGUGGAUGCGACAUCGCCAACUUCCUGAAGAUUUGAGGAAACGCGUCAGGCGUUUUGUUCAGUAUAAAUGGCUUGCAACUCGAGGAGUAGAUGAAGAAGCUAUUUUGCGUGGUUUACCUGCUGAUCUUAGUCGUGAUAUUCAACGUCACCUAUGCUUGGACCUCGUCCGACGUGUACCGUUUUUCUCACAGAUGGAUGAUCAGUUGCUUGAUGCAAUAUGCGAAAGACUAGUUUCGUCCUUAUGCACCGAGGGUACUUAUAUUGUUCGUGAGGGUGACCCUGUGACUGAGAUGCUAUUCAUAAUCAGGGGUCGACUCGAGAGUUCCACCACAAACGGGGGUCGGACUGGUUUCUUCAAUUCUAUUACCCUGAGACCUGGAGAUUUCUGUGGAGAGGAGCUUCUUGCUUGGGCUUUGCUCCCAAAAUCAGCCGUCAUUUUGCCUUCUUCGACUCGGACAGUUAGAGCCCUCGUUGAAGUGGAAGCUUUUGCAUUGCGGGCUGAAGAUCUCAAGUUUGUUGCUAAUCAAUUUAGACGGCUCCACAGCAAGAAGUUGCAGCACACGUUCCGGUUUUACUCUCAUCACUGGCGGACAUGGGCUGCAUGCUUCAUACAAGCCGCUUGGCGGAGGUAUAAAAGGAGAAAGAUGGCAAAAGAUCUUGCACGGAUGGAGUCAUUUGUUUUGGACGAAACGACAGAAGAUAACACCGAAGAGGGGGAACUGGAUCAGUCUCCUAAUAGCUCAACGCCCUCCAAGAUAAGUUCGAACCUAGGUGUCACAAUACUGGCUUCAAGAUUUGCUGCAAAUACAAGGAGAGGAGUUCAGAAGAUUAAAGACGUAGAUCUACCAAAACUACCAAAACCGGAGGAGCCCGACUUUUCAGAUGAGCCAGACGACUAGCAAAAGCCUCAGCUAAGACAACGUUAACCACUUUCAGUGCCAGGUGCCUGCGUGACAGAAAGUUGAAAGAGAUCUAAUGUUCAGACAUCUGGAGUAGGUUAUUAUGAUUCAAUACGAUGUACUCUCUCCCAUAAAGGGGAAGUCUGUAAGCGGGCCUUUCUCUUAUCAGGUAAACUUAUGUCCGAACAUGGGAUCUCAAGCUGGCUGGAAGAUUACAGCCGUUCUGUAUUAAUACCUACCAGUUGUAGUGUUGCUUUUCCAAUCUGCCACAACUGGUUAAGAUCAGAGUAUGAUUAGAACUGAGCCCAGAAGGGCGCUUUUCAGUUCCUACCUUCUAAGUUUUAACUUUGUAAGAGUACAACAUUUGACAAGAUAACAACGUUAAGGUAUGCUUGUUUACUUGUGAUAAA